AUGUUGUUUAGUGGCGAGUUAGUUACUGGUCAAAGUGAACAACUUGCUAGAUAUAAUGCUCAAACAUUUGCGGCUGGAGCAACAGCAUUGGCACAAGAGGCUAAUAGGUCAGGCGGUAGAGUAGAAAUUUCGUCAAAUGAAAGUGAAAUUAAAAAUUUCCGUGAAGGUUCUGACUAUUUAGUUUCCGAUAACGGUAGAGGUGAAAAAACUUAUACUGUUCGUUUUGAUGUUAACUCUCCUGACGAAUUUGUAGUAUUAGAUAUUGGUAAUAGUUAUCGCGAUACUUCAAGUCCAAUCGAGAAAAAAAGAGAGGUGUUUAUUCAAUCGGCUCGAAAAAUUGAAGAGUCAGAACGAAGGAUUGAAGAGUCAGAACGAAGGAUUAGGUAUUCGCAAGCAGGACAAUUAAGAGUUGAUCCUGAAAAUUUAUUGUCAAAGUGGGAAAAUGAAGGACUUUUCCAAAACAGUCCGUCGGUAAGUGGAGUAGAAAAUAACAAAGACAAUCAGCAGCAAGAUAAGGUUUUUACUCAACGCCAACAAAUUCCACCAAAAAAGUAA